AUGCCACCAGACAUUGCCGUCCGCGGCCUCGAAGUCACUGCGCGCACGCAGUGCAGCCACUGGCAUUCGGAGCGCGACAUCAUCGCGAUAAAGCACAAGUGCUGCGGCGAAUACUACGCCUGUAUUUCGUGUCAUGAAGCGCUGGCCGAUCACCCGAACCAGGUGUGGCCAAAAGGCGAGCAAGGCAUUGCCAAAGGCGUGCUUUGCGGUAAUUGUCACCAUGAGUUGACGAUUGUUGAGUACCUGGGGAGUGGGAAUCGAUGUACCAAAUGCGCGGCGGAGUUCAAUGCCGGGUGUAGGCUUCAUUACGAUCUGUAUUUCGAGGUGUGA